GCUCCAAAGUUACUUGAUGACGAUGCCUGGAAGAAACAAGCGCAAAGAAAGAUCCUGGCCGGAACCGCAAACGCAACCACAGUCAGAGAUUCCUUCUUGUCUUCUUUGGCAGCUGUUAACAUGUCUCCUCCGUCGACGAUAGCUUACGUAUUACCGCCAGGUUUUAAGUUUGUGCCAAACGAUGAAGAAGUCAUCCAUUGUUACUUGAAACCUUACUCGGACGGCAACACGAACGUAUUGCUCCAUGUUCCUAUUCAUCUCGUCAAUAUCUACGAGUCGAAUCCACAAACACUUUCAGAGGAAUUCCAGAAGGGUAACGAUAAAGAAUGGUUUAUUAUAACGGAGAGGAACAAAGUUGAUCAAGGUUUAAGCCAAACAAAGAGAGUUGGUUAUGGUGCGAAAAGGCAGAAACGUGUCGACACUAACGGAGGAUAUUGGCACGCAACAGUGGCUGCCCAAAAGAUCAACGCUGGAGAUGGUGUCGUUCGCAACAAAAGGCCACUGGCAUACUACGUUGGGAAACCAUCAGAAGGCGUCAAAACUGAUUGGUUAAUGCAAGAAUACUCUCUUGAUCACUCUUCUCACAACAACGACAAGGAUUACACUUUGUGCAAGAUCUAUCUUACUCCACAAGCAACAAAGAUGAAUAAAGAAGUGGGAGAAGAGAAGAAGAAGCAGAAGAAAGGAGAAGCCGUUGUUUCAGUUGCACCUGUGGAAGCAUUGGAAGAGCAGCUGCCUUGUAAUGUCGAGUAUCAUCAACCGCUAGCACCGCUAGAUUCUUGCCAACCGCAGCCUCAUGAUUUGGCGUAUCAACAGCAGCAGUUUUGUCCAGGCCCACUGGAUUCUUAUCAACCGCAGCCUCAUGAUAUGGAGAAUCAGCAACCGCAUAAUGAGAAGCUGAAGAAAGAAGAAGACGUUGAGCAGCUGGAUUUGCAUCAACCAGACCAAGGAAAAGGAUGCUAAUUGAUCUCUUUCCUCUAUCGGCAAUGUUCUCCAAAACCAGAGAUAAUUCUCCCUGUCUUUAUUGCUUUUGAUGCCUUGAUAUAAAACAUUUAUACUCAAUUUGUCCAACAUUUUCUUAGCGUCUUAGACUUAUAAACUAACACAUACAGAUAUAGAUAUAAAACACCGGUGUAUUCCAG